GUGGGAGACAGUGUUUUCAUUCGUCUAUAUUUAUUGGUUAGCACUGCAAAAGUGCAUAUUCAAAAGCCGAACCCAAAUAACACAACACAAAACGAUCUUUUAUUUCUCUGUCUAGAGAAGAAUCUAGCAAGCCUUGCUCGUCACAAAAUCAAAGGUUGCAACUGAGAACUCACUCCUUCGAAUCAAAAUCAAAAAAUGUCGGUGACUCUGCACACAAACCUAGGCGACAUCAAGUGUGAAAUCUUCUGCGACGAGGUCCCUAAAACCUCCGAGAAUUUUUUAGCGCUAUGUGCAAGUGGUUACUAUGAUGGGACUAUAUUUCACCGCAACAUUAAGGGUUUUAUGAUUCAAGGUGGAGAUCCAACUGGAACUGGCAAAGGGGGAACCAGUAUAUGGGGCAAGAAAUUUAACGAUGAGAUAAGAGAAUCUCUGAAGCACAAUGCAAGAGGAAUAUUAGCAAUGGCCAAUAGUGGUCCAAAUACUAAUGGAAGCCAAUUUUUCUUGACUUAUGCAAAGCAGCCUCAUUUAAAUGGGCUAUACACCGUGUUUGGCAAAGUAAUUCAUGGAUUUGAAGUUCUUGAUCUCAUGGAGAAGACACAAACAGGGGCAGGGGACCGACCGCUUGCAGAGAUAAGGCUCAAUCGUGUAACAAUACAUGCUAAUCCACUUGCUGGUUAGCCUUUUGUCUCAACAGUUUUUUAUGUAAAAUUUAACUUUUUGUUUUCCAAGUGAUCUAGCUUAAAGGGGAGGAGAAAGUGAGUUCUUAUGUACUAAUUUGAGUACUUGUUCGUACCUACUGAUUCAAAGAAGCAUUUUGAUUGAUCAAGUAGUAAAGUGUAUAUUGAUUUGUGAGAUAUGCAUGGAAUACGAUAAACACAUCUUUAUGGAUUAGUUCAAGUGGCUAAAUUUUAUGGUGUGAGAGAUCUUGGUGUUGGCAUUGUGAAAUUUUUUAAUGCCAAGCGUAUACCUUUAAUUGGUGUCA